AGAAGAGAUAGAAAAGCCCUAAUGGCGGAGGCGGAGAAGAGGGGCGCCGCCGGGGUGGCGACGGCGGACGAGGGGGACAAGGAGGAGGAGAGGUUUCUCGGGGGCGUGACGGUGCUGGACUUUGACAUGCUGUGCUCCACCGUUGCAAUGCAGACGGAGGGAAAAUAUAGAAAAUUGCAGGUCCAUGACGAAGGCGAAGGUGGGCAAGACAAGGAAUUCGGUGGAAUUCUGAGGAUGUGGGAAGGUGAGCUCCUGGAUUGCUUCGAAGACCGCAGAAUCGCUCUCGAAUCCGCUUGUUGUCCAUGCUACAGAUUUGGGAAGAACAUGAGACGGGCUGGUUUUGGUUCUUGUUUUGUUCAGGGACUUGUAUAUUUCAUUUUUGCUGCUGCUGCACUUAUCAACUAUACAGCCUUUAUUUUGAAAAGGAGAAACUUGUUUCUAUUUCUGGGCAUUGCUUUCUCCGUAUCUAUUGGAGCGUAUUUGGGAUUUUACCGCACACAAAUUAGGAAGAAGUUCAACAUCAGGGCUGAUUUCUACUUUUUUGGUCCAGAGUAUAAAUAA